AUGGCGCGCGAAGGGACAGCAGCGGGCGGCGGCGGCGGCGGCGGCGGCGGGGCGGGAGGGCCGGCUGCGGGCCGGGGGGGUCGGUCCCUGCUCGCCCUCAUCGCGGAGCUCAUCAGCUGGCGGAGACCGCUGCGCAGCGCGCUGCUCUUCAUGGCCACCAACGUGGUCUUCUGGUUCAUGGCUCUGAGCUCCUGGAGGUUGUACUACCUGCUGACCUUGUGCUUGGUGGCCGCGGUCACCGUGCAGAUGAUCAAAGACAUGGCGCUCUCCAGAAAACGAGGGGCUAAUUUAUGGCGCAGCAUGACUCAGAGCUGGGAGGUCAUCGACUCCGGCCCAGAGAGCAGUGCAGGGGUCAGCCAGGUCACGGACUCCUGGAUGAGCUUCAAGCUGUUCCUGCAGGAAAUGUCCUCAUUCAAACAGCAGAACCCGGGCAAGUUUUGCCUGCUGGCCUGCAGCCUGUGCACAUUUUUGGCUGUGCUGGGACGCUACAUUCCAGGAGUUAUAAUUUCAUAUAUCAUUGUGUUGGGUAUCUUCUUGUGGCCGCUGCUCUCGUCACACGAAUUUGGGCUGUGGCUCGAGCCAGUUCUGCAGAAACUGGACUUCGGGGUGGGAGAGUUCCUCCAGAAGAUCAGGGAGAAGCACGAAAAGAGGAAUCUGCAGAGCCGAGAGGAGCUGAGCGAGGCAGACGAGUCCGCGCUGUUCCCCAGGCUGGACUCGACCAUGUGCAAAGAACUUUCGGUGUCGGACACGGAGAUCUCUGAGGUGACGUGGACAGACAAUGGCACCUUCAAUCUCUCCGAGGGACACACUCCUCAGACGGAAAACUCAGAAGAUCUGGACCGACCCAGCGACGUAGACGAGGUCUUCGCAGGCGGGCUGCCAGAGUUCCCCUCAGUGGAAAACGGCACCGGGACCAAUGGGGACGAUGAAGACGACCUCAGCAUCGGGCUGCCCGCGCCAUCUCCCCGGCCCAGCCGGAACUGGGGCCCCUCGCAGACGGCGCUCGACAUGGUGAACCGCAUGGCGGGAGACGUGAUUGCGGCGGCCGUGACGGCGGCCAUCCAGGAGCGUCUCGAUGACUGCCCGGGACCCCCGCCCGACUCAGAUAGUGAGGCUGAGGACUUUGAGCUGCUGGACCAAUCGGAGUUGGAGCAGCUAGAGGGAGAGCUGGAGCAGGGGGCUACGGCCCCGGGAGCUGAGGCCACACCUGGCCAGCCCCCUGGCUUCCUCUCCACCUUGCUCAGACGCCAGUGAGAGCAGGGCUCGGGGCCAUAGCUCUGGGGGGAGGGCUGGGGGGAAUGGGCGGGGGCCACCAGAACCUUCCAGGGAACGGCAAAAAUAACAUGUUCCUUUAUUUCUACCUAUUAGAGUUAAAUCAUCGUGAAUUCAGCGUUUGACUUUUAUACGUGGGUAGUGGGCUGCGGCUGGUCCACAUUUGACCGUAACCGAGCGUGUUCCCGGGGGAGAUCACGACUUCACCACCUGCUGUCAUCGACCCGUCUGUCCGUCUCAGCCUUGAUCUAGCGGAAGCACGACGAGGCGCCGUAGUCACGGACGUAGCAGCGUAAGGGCAGGGUGGCGUGUACGGUUAGCGUGAUUUAGGCGUGUGUGUCUGUCCUCUCUCGUUGCCGGACCUUUAGAUCAGGGGUCAGCGAAUUGGCCGCGCUUGCGUUCCUCUAGUUCCAGCAGACGCACGCGAAGAGCCAGAACCCAGUGACACAAUGACAAUCAAUAACACGUUAACUGGACAACUCAGUCGACACGUGGCCCAUGCGACGGUUCCGUAUUCACCCAAGCGUAUGCAUCUGGAUAAGUGACGGAAUCCGUAGACGAGCCGAGUUCUCCGCCUCUGUGUAAAAUUGAUCAGGAAAUCUGUGCUCGUCGGUUAGCGUCCUGUGGUUAAUGCGAGUUAACCCUUUGUGCCAGCCGGCAUCUCAACGGCGACAAUAGAUACGCUCAUCUUGAUAUCAGAGCAUCUGCAUUGAUCAAACCGUCCCAAGAUGUUAGUUAUAUACUUUACUUGCACCUUAUUGAUUUAUGCAAUCUGUGCACUUUGGAAUAUCCUCACCA